AUGCAAGUAUUUUCUUCUUUCAAGAUCAGUUACAUGUUUGGUGUGAAAGACCCUAUCCCUGGCGGGCUCCGUUCACGUGUGGUUUACAAGUUUGCAUUGUCAGGCAGUAAUGCCUCUUACGUCGGCGAAACGGUCCGGCAUUUUUCGACGCGUGUAAAAGAGCAUUUAGCCGGUGAUAGGGCCUCUCAAAUUUUCAAACACCUGCAAAAUUCUGGACAUUGUCGCUCCUUGUGUUCAGCAGAUUGUUUCAAUUUUUUGGAUCACGCCUCCACCAGUUUUCAACUUAAACACGGAGCGAGCCUAUAUAUAUCGAGGCUGAGGUGUUCAGCCUGCCAA